AUGGUUGCACAUGCCACCGCGGGACACACCCCGUCUCAUGCACAAUCCUCACUACCGUCAUUACCUUCACAUCUGCAGUCUGACACACACCUGACUGCACACUUGGCCAGCCGAUUCCAUGUCGGAUUACCAACUGCUCGCUUGUCAUCGCAAGCUUUGAUUAGUCUCAACACAUAUACCUCAUCUGCCAAAGGUCCUGAUGGCGACAAAGAGGGCAGUGCUAUGGGAGAGGCGGAGGACCUGGCCAGGCGGGCAUUCACUCGUCUCGGUGCACGGGGAGAGAACCAGGCCAUUGUUUUCCUUGGUGAGAGUGGCUCCGGAAAGACCACCCUUCGUUCUCACAUCGUUUCGGCCUUCCUCUCGUUCUCCUCCACCCCUCUAUCCUCGAAGCUGUCAUACGCUGCUUUCGUCUUCGACACCCUCACGACAACCAAGUCCCUGACCACGCCGACUGCAUCCAAAGCUGGGCUUUUCUUGGAACUCCAGUACGAUGGCUCCUCAUCAGUGAACCCCACCCUAAUCGGUGGUAAGAUUAUCGACCACAGACUUGAGCGCAGUCGCAUUGCUUCCGUUCCUACUGGCGAACGAAGCUUUCACGUCCUUUACUAUCUCCUUGCUGGAACGAGUGCUGCCGAGAAGACCCAUCUAGGGUUCGACAAUUCGAUCCACGUCUCGACCGCGGCCGGCAAGCUGUCUUCCGCCUCGAUCGGCCACAAACGAUGGAGAUAUCUGGGUCAUCCCACCCAGCUCAAGGUGGGCAUCAACGACGCCGAUGGAUUCCAGCACUUUAAAACUGCAUUGAGAAAGUUAGAGUUCCCCCGCAGUGAAAUCGCGGAGCUGUGUCAGAUGUUGGCGACGAUCCUUCAUCUGGGACAACUUGAUUUCGUGAGCGGACAGACCACGACGACCGGGGCGGAAGAAUCUGGCGGAUACUCUCACGAGGGUGGCGAGAAGGUUACCGUCGUCAGAAACAAGGAUGUUUUGUCCAUCAUUGCGGCCUUCCUGGGCUUGAGUGUGGAACAACUCGAGACCAGUUUUGGCUACAAGACGAAGACCAUCCGCCGGGAGCGCGUCACUGUUAUGUUGGAUCCCAAGGGGGCACGGCAGAAUGCGGAUGAUUUGGCCAGGACCCUGUACUCUCUCCUGGUGGCAUAUGUGAUUGAGACCAUCAAUCAGAAGAUCUGCGCCGCCGAGGACAGUGUGGCCAACACCGUCUCGGUCGUCGACUUCCCUGGUUUCUCUCAAGUCAGCGCAACCGGCUCGACGUUGGAUCAGCUGCUGAGCAAUGCGGCGACGGAGUCCCUGUACAAUUUCUGCCUGCAAUCUUUCUUCGACCGGAAGGCAGAUAUGCUGGAACGGGAAGAGGUUUCCGUGCCAGCGACGAGCUAUUUCGACAACGUUGAUACCGUGCGAGGCCUGUUGAAACCCGCAAACGGUUUAUUGAGUAUCCUCGAUGACCAGACUAGGCGUGGUAGGACAGACUCUCAAUUCCUCGAAUCGGUAAGAAGACGUUUUGAAAACAAGAACCCCGCUAUCACCGUUGGUUCCACUGGCCAAGCCACGGGUGUGGUCUCCCAGCAUGCACGCACUUCGUUCACAGUGAAGCACUUUGCUGGCGAAGUCGAAUACCCUGUUCAUGGUCUUCUUGAGGAGAACGGUGAUAUGAUCUCCGGAGAUCUGAUGAAUCUCAUGAAGUCCACGAACAGCGAAUUUGUGAGAGAUCUGUUUGGCCAGGAGGCCCUACACACGGUUACGCAUCCCCAAGAGAAGACCGCCAUUGUACAAGCGCAAGUUAGCUCGAAGCCGCUGCGUAUGCCCAGUAUGGCCAGGCGUAAAAAUGGCCCGUCUUCCCGUCCCAUGUUCGAUGCGCCGCCGCCUAUCGAGGACAGAGACGAGAUUGAGAGUCAGGCUGACAGUACGUCGAGGAGUUCCGGAAGACGCAAGAGCGCCAUGAUUGCCAGUGGCAUCCAGGGCGCUGCCGGACAGUUCCUGUCUUCGUUAGACAUUGUCAAUAAAUGCCUGAGCUCCCCCAACUUGAACCCUUACUUCGUUUUCUGCCUGAAGCCCAAUGAUCGACGUAUCGCCAAUCAAUUCGACAGCAAAUGUGUCCGCGCGCAAGUACAGACAUUCGGCAUCACGGAAAUCAGCCAGCGACUGAGGAAUGCAGACUUCAGUGUCUUCCUCCCAUUCGCUGAGUUCCUGGGUCUAGCUGAAAUUGGCAAUGUUGUGGUGGGAAGCGACAGGGAGAAGGCUGAGGUUGUCCUUGAUGAAAAGCGAUGGCCGGGGAAUGAAGCCCGAGUCGGCAGCACAGGUGUCUUCCUUAGCGAGCGUUGCUGGGCGGACCUUGCAAAGGUCGGCGAGCGCGUGGUCCCCGUCUACGCUGCAGGUGAAGGCUCCGACGAAGGCGGGGACGGUCUGCUUCACCCGCAGACCGCGAACUACCAUGAUUCCAAAGUCCGACUCCUUGGCCCGGCGGACCAGUCGCCGGGUGGUUUCAUAUACGGCGAGGAAGGAAAGCAAGGGUAUUUUGGUAGUCGCGAUCUCGAUGGACGCUCCGAGGCUGGUGCUUCUGCCUUCAACUCCGGAGACAUGUUCCGGAAUUUGGAUACCCGUGAGCAGAUGUUGGAAAAGGGCAAUGACAAAAACAUGGAGGAGAUCGAAGACAUACCUGUGUCUGGUAGUCGCAAAAGGUGGAUGUUCCUCGUCUAUCUGCUAACGUGGUACAUCCCUGACUUCACCAUCAAACUCCUCGGUCGUAUGAAGCGCAAGGAUGUGCGAAUUGCCUGGCGUGAAAAGCUUGCGAUCAAUCUGAUCAUCUGGUUCUGCUGUCUCGUCGCCAUAUUCUUCAUUGUUGUCUUUCCUUCCUUGAUUUGUCCCACACAGCAUGUUUACUCGUCUGCCGAGCUGUCUUCGCACAACGGCAAAGAUGGACACAGCUCUUUCGUCGCAGUUCGGGGUGUGGUUUUCAAUUUGGGCAAAUUCAUGCCCGCGCACUACCCCGAUAUCGUGCCCGAAUCAGCUCUCAAGAAAUACGCAGGCACGGAUGCCACCGGUCUGUUCCCUGUGCAGGUCUCAGCUCUGUGCCCCGGCACGACAGGAGAAGUGGAUCCUACGGUGCUUUUGGACUACUCAGCGACCAACGUCUCAGGCUCUGCCACCACUGUCAGUUCCACCGAUACCAACAUGCAGUACCACGACUUCCGCUAUUUCACCAACGACUACCGGCCGGAUUGGUUCCAGGAGCAAAUGAUUUCACUCAGAUCAAAUUACUUUAAAGGUUGGGUCGGUUACACACCAGAGUACAUCAAGACCCUUGGUGAAAAGUCCCAGUACAUUGGAAGUAUCAACGGCAAGGUCUAUGAUUUGACGACGUAUGUUGCAGGAGGUCGGAGAGUGGAAGCCCCGGAGGGCAAGACGGUCCCUGCCGACGUCAACCGCGACUUUAUGAGUACUUUGGUCGUCUCUCUCUUCCAGGACCUUCCAGGUCGGGAUUUGACGAAGUAUUGGGAGAACCUGAAAAUUACCGACGUCAUGCGCCAGCGUAUGCAGCUGUGCUUGGACAAUCUCUUUUUCGUGGGUCAUGUCGAUACCCGUAACUCGGCUCAAUGUCUGUUUGCACGAUACUUCAUUCUGGCAAUCUCCAUCUUCAUUGUUUCGGUCGUGGUUUUCAAGUUCCUUGCUGCCCUGCAGUUUACAAGGAAGAAUCUCCCGGAGAAUCUUGAUAAGUUCAUCAUCUGUCAAGUUCCAGCCUACACGGAAGACGAAGACUCUCUACGCCGUGCCAUUGAUUCCAUGGCUCGCAUGCGUUAUGAUGACAAGCGGAAACUCCUUGUUGUCAUUUGCGAUGGUAUGAUUAUCGGGCAAGGCAACGAUCGUCCUACCCCAAGAAUUGUCCUGGAUAUUUUAGGAGUCCCAGAAUCCGUCGAUCCUGAGCCUCUCAGCUUCGAAAGUCUGGGCGAAGGACAGAAGCAACACAAUAUGGGUAAGAUCUAUUCAGGUCUCUACGAGGUUCAAGGUCACAUUGUCCCCUUCCUUGUUGUUGUCAAGGUUGGAAAGCCUUCCGAGGUGGCUCGCCCUGGUAACCGUGGAAAGCGUGAUUCUCAGAUGGUACUCAUGCGAUUCUUGAACCGCGUACACUACAACUUGGCUAUGAGUCCGAUGGAGCUGGAAAUGUAUCACCAGAUCCGCAACAUCAUCGGUGUAAAUCCUACCUUCUAUGAAUUUAUUCUACAGGUCGAUGCCGAUACCGUUGUCGCCCCGGAUGCAGCAACACGCUUCGUCUCUACGCUGUUGGCUGAUACUCAAAUCAUUGGUCUUUGCGGUGAAACUGCUUUGUCUAACGCUAAACACUCGGCCAUCACCAUGAUGCAAGUCUACGAAUACUACAUCUCACACAACAUGAUCAAGGCAUUUGAGAGUCUGUUCGGAUCAGUCACUUGUCUGCCCGGUUGUUUCACAAUGUACCGCAUUCGCUCUGCGGAGAGUGGAAAGCCUCUGUUCGUCAGCAAAGAGGUUAUCGAUGCCUACUCCGAAAUCCGCGUUGAUACACUCCACAUGAAGAACCUGCUGCAUCUUGGUGAAGAUCGUUAUCUUACCACACUUUUGAUGAAAUUCCAUCCCAAGUUCAAGACCAAGUACAUCAUCGCUGCCAAGGCCUGGACUAUCGCGCCUGAGAGCUUUGCUGUGUUCCUGUCGCAGCGUCGUCGUUGGAUCAACUCAACUGUCCAUAACUUGAUGGAGUUGGUGCCUCUGCAGCAGCUCUGUGGUUUCUGCUGUUUCAGUAUGCGUUUCAUUGUCUUUGUCGACUUGCUCAGUACCGUCAUUCAGCCUGUUACCUUGGCUUAUAUCGCGUACUUGAUCUACUACCUCGUCACCGAUACUUCGACUAUUCCCUGGACCACUUUUGUUCUCCUUGCUGCCAUCUACGGUCUCCAGGCACUCAUCUUCAUCUUCCGUCGCAAGUGGGAAAUGCUCGGAUGGAUGCUCAUCUACCUAUUGGGUCUCCCUAUCUCUUCCCUGGCUCUGCCUUUGUACUCCUUCUGGCACAUGGAUGACUUCUCCUGGGGUAACACCCGUGUUAUCACUGGAGAGAAAGGUCGCAAGGUCGUCAUCUCAGAUGAGGGCAAGUUCGAUCCGGCGUCCAUUCCGAAGAAGACGUGGGACGAGUAUCAGGCCGAACUGUGGGAGGCGCAAACUUCCCGGGACGAUCGCUCCGAAGUCUCUGGCAUAUCUUAUGCCACCAAGUCCUACCACCCCAUGCAAUCUGAGUACGGGUUCCCGCCCUCGCGGCCCAUGUCUCAAUUCGGCAUGCCUCGCUACUCCUCUCGGAUGUCCUUGGCCCAAUCGGAGAUUAUGAGCCGUCACAUGGACUUGGAGAUGGAAGACCUGUCUCAUCUGCCUAGCGAUGAUGCUAUCCUGGCUGAAAUCCGGGACAUCCUCCGCACGGCGGAUCUAAUGACGGUUACGAAGAAGAGCAUCAAGCAGGAGCUUGAGCGACGAUUCGGUGUCGCGUUGGAUGCUAAGCGUCCCUACAUCAACUCAGCUACUGAGGCCAUUCUCGCCGGUCACCUCUAG